CCGGCCCGGCGACAGGAGCGGCGUCUCGCAGAGUUCCUCCAGCGCGCUCCCGGGCUGCCUUCACGCCCGCCACCCUCGCUCCCUUUCUGUCCACUUUGGCCCGGCUCUCUCCGUCCAGCUCCUUAGCUCAGGCAACCGCGGCGCGCUCUUCCUCCCGCGGGGCCUCCCGCUCGUUUCAACGUCCAACUUCUCACUCUCCCUUCCUCCCCCGCCGGCUUCUCUCGGGACCUUCCCGUCUCCGGCGAGCGCGCCGUCUGUCCGAGCCACCCCUCUUUCCCAAGCGGCUCGGCCCUUUCUUCUUUCCCCGCCGCUCCAGAGCCCCGGCAGGUGCCCUGCUCGCGCCCCGACCCACCCCACCCCUCUCUGGCCCCCUUUCGCCCUGGCUGCCUGCUGGCUGCUGAAGAGGCAGGGAUGGGGGGCUGCCCAGGGGGUGUUCACCUCCCCGUGCCUCCCGACCCCGGGGGCCAAGCGCCCGCCCGCCCCUGGCAGCGCCCAAGAGAUGCAGAGCAAGGAGGACCUGGCUGAGAGCACGGCGCUGCCCAUCCCAAGGGAGCCCGGCGACAACCUGCGGCGCCUCCGAGGCAGGAAGGUCCUGCUAGGCGAGGAGAAAAAGCUGGGCAGCUGGGCCCUGGGCACUGCCCUCCUGGGCAUCGCCCUUAUGGUUUUGCACACGGAGCUGGUGUGGUUCGGACGCUGCCAGUGGUUCGCUUACUCCUUCAUGGUAAAGUGCCUCAUCACCCUUUCCACAGCUGGGCUGUUGAUCCUGAUCAUGGCUUUUCACAUCAAAGAGAUCCAGCUCUUCAUGCUGGACAACUCCCUGACCGACUGGCGGAUCGCGGUCAGUUGCCGGAAGAUGGCUCUGAUCGCGCUGGAGCUCUUGGUCUGCUCCCUUCACCCCUUCCCUGCCGGAGACUUCUCCUGCCUGGACUCCCAGUCUGGAAAGGCCGUCCUGUUCCUCCCCAGUGUCGAAAUGCUGCUGUCGCUGCUCAUGUUCCUCCGCCUCUACUUGGUGCCCCGGGCGGUGCUGUUGCAGAGCAGCGUGCUGGGAGACGCCUCCUACCGCAGCAUUGGAUCCCUCAACAAGAUCCACUUCCAGUACCCCUUUGUGCUGCGGGUGAUGGUGAACAGCCAGCCAGGACGGGUGCUGCUCAUCUUCACAAUGGGACUCUGGCUCAUUGCCUUCUGGGUGCUCUCCGUCUGUGAACGAGAGUAUAUAGCGGAAGGGUACCUGAGUGGAACUUUCUGGCUGAUUCCCAUCACUUUUCUAACCAUCGGCUACGGGGAUGUUGUGCCAGUCACAGUGUGCGGAAAGCUGGUGUGCAUAUUCACUGGCGUUAUGGGAGUGGGCUGCACAGCACUCUUGGUGGCUGUUGCUGCUGACAAACUGGAAUUCAGCAGGGCUGAAAAACACGUCCAUAACUUCAUGAUGGACAUCCAGUGUGCCAAAGAGAUGAAAUGGUCGGCCGCCAACGUGCUGCAAGAGGCUUGGAUGCUAUACAAGCACACCAAGAGGAAGGAUGGAUUAAGAGCGCGCAAACACCACCGGAGGCUGCUGGCAGCCAUCCACAUGUUCCGGCACGUGAGAAUGAAGCACAGAAAGAUCCGGGAUCGAGUCAACUCCAUGGUGGAUAUUUCUAAGAUGCAGAUGAUCAUGUGUGACCUGAGCUCCAGCCUCAGCAGCUCUCACCGGGAGCUGGAGAAGCGGAUCGAGUCCUUGGACAGGAAACUGGAUGAGGUGACCAGGCUGCUCUCGGGCCUCAUGGAAUCUAAGCAGCAGCAGGAAGAGCAGGUGGCUAAAGGGAUAACUUUCAUCUCAUCCACCCGCCGAAGCCUCAAGGCAGAGAAAUUGUAAAGCCCUUUUUGUCUUUUCUAUGGACUCCAUAAGGGCAAGUGUGUAGGAAACACAUGGGACUACAUCCCCACCUUGUGGCGCAGGGGGAUAAUCACAAGCAUUUUGAAAAGCUCCCAAGGAAAAAAAGCGAGGAGCAGCGCUCUGAAUUUUACGCUCCACUGAAAGACUUCUCGCGCCUCUGAACAAAUGUGCAAAGAUGGGCAUUUCUUGCCAGAGGGAUCCUGGCUGCAGAUCAAAAGACAUUAACAUCCACUCCUCUGAAUGAGAUUUUGGGCUGUGAAAAAAUUAAGAGGAUCGGAAAUGGCAAGACGCAUGCUUGGAUAGCGAAGGCAGGCUCACAGCCAUAGAAUGCAAAGUUCUUGCCCUUUUUCUGCUUUGGCAAGACUGUUUCCAUUCUGGGCAGGAAUCCCAUCUGCAGGAAGCGACUGAUCACUGGCUGCACAGGAUCUCUUGAGACUGGCAGAAGUGGAGGGAAGGGGGACUCUGCCCUCUAAAAGUUCAGGGUUUUAUAUAAUAACCAUGUGUGUGGUCACCUAUAGCGAGUACCAACUGCCUGCAGGCGAGGAAGCAUGUGCAUGUACUGGGGGCUGGUUUAACAUUUAAGGCAGUUGAUGCUACUCAAGAGAUUAGCAUAGAUAGGCAUAAGCAGGCAGGAAGGCUGGCUACAGAAAAUGUGUGGACUUGUGAAUAUGUCCCAGCCUGCUCUUAACACUCACAAUAGGGUUGGCACAGAUGUGCCUUAGAAAUACAACAGCCUUCAAUGAGACGAUGACCUGGAGCACCAGACUGGAGGAGCCAUCGUUUACAUAUUAGAGCGUAUGCUUUGCAUGUAAAAGAUCCCAGGUUCAACUCGGGUUAAAAAUGAUUUUAGACAACAAGGCAGCGAAAGGCCUGUUUGUGCCCAGGACCUUGGAGGUUUGUGCUGCCAAGUAGAUAAUAUUGGGCUGGAUGGAGCCAGUGGUUUGACUUGAUAAAAAGCUGAUUCAUUUCUCAAAUGGUGGACUGGACUACCUGGGGAUGGAUGAAAACUUGCAGGAAUCUCCCAAGUGCUGGAAACCCUUGAGAAUGGACUACAGUAGGAACUGAGGAUCCUUGUCUGCCGCAAGAGGAAACUUCUGAAGUGUCUCAUCCACACUGUACAUGUAAAACAUGCCACUUUAACGGUCAUGGCAUUCGCUGAAAGAAUCCCAGGAGCUGUAGUUUGUUAAAAGUACCGAGUGUUGGUAGGCGAUCCCUUGCAGAGUGUCCCUGCAGUUCCCAGGGGAAGCCAAGACAGUAAAAGUGGCAUAAGAGUGCUUGAAAUGUAUGGUGUGGAUAUGGCCGUUGUCAACCGAUGCAAAGAAAGAACAGUU